AUGCAACAGUACAUGGUGCUGUACAAGCGGAGCAUUGAAGAUCCGUCAGGCUUCUGGAGCGAAAUUGCCGAGCAGUUCCAUUGGCAGACGAAGUGGGAGCCUAACCACAUGCGGUACAACUUUGACGUACGGAAUGGGCCAAUUUCGGUUGAGUGGUUUCGCGGCGCCACCACCAACAUCUCGUACAACUGCCUGGACCGCCACGUGGCGGCAGGUCGUGGGGAUGACGUGUGCUUCAUUUGGGAGGGCAAUGAUGUGGGUCGUGAGAAGGUCAUGACGUACGGCGAGGCGCUGGAAGAGGUCUGCCGGCUGGCUAACUGGCUUCGCGGCGCCGGCGUCAGGAAAGGCGAUGCCGUGGCCAUCUACAUGCCCAUGCUGCUGGAGCUGCCACUGGCUAUGCUGGCAUGUGCUCGUAUCGGUGCCGUACACAGUGUCGUAUUUGGCGGAUUCAGCGCUGAGGCGCUGGCUGGUCGUAUGGAGGACUGCAAGGCCAAGGUCCUCCUCACUGCCAGCGGUGUCAUGAGAGGCCCCAAGCACAUCGAGCUCAAGAGGAUCGCGGAUACGGCCCUCGACCUGUGUGCCAAGGCCGGACAUGCAGUAGAGUCUGUGCUCGUGUACGAGAACGACAAUGCCGUACCUGCUGCCGACUGCCCCUUCACUCCUGGACGAGAUCGUUGGUGGCAGUCGGAGGUCUCCGUGCAACCGCCUUCCUGCGCUGUGGAGUGGGUGGAGGCCGAACACCCGCUGUUCCUGCUCUACACCUCCGGGUCUACGGGCAAGCCCAAGGGUGUACUGCACACCACGGGCGGUUACAUGGUGUACGGCGCAACCACCAUGCGUCACGUGUUUGGUCUGCAGCGGGGUGACGUGUACUGGUGUACAGCGGAUUGCGGUUGGAUUACGGGACACACGUACUUGGCGUACGGCCCGCUCCUGAACGGGGCGACGCAGGUGGUGUUUGAGGGCGUGCCGACGCACCCCACGCCCGCUCGCUGCUGGGAGGUGGUCGCGUCUCACCGGGUGACGCAUUUUUACACAGCUCCCACCGCGAUUCGAUCCCUGAUGGGCUUUGGCAAUCAGUGGGUUGAGCAAUGUGACACGUCAUCGUUGCGGCUGCUGGGCUCGGUCGGUGAGCCCAUCAAUCCCGAGGCGUGGCGCUGGUACCAUGAGAUUGUAGGCGGAGGAAGGUGCCCCAUUGUCGAUACCUGGUGGCAGACGGAGACGGGCGGCCACAUGAUCACCCCGCUACCCAAGGCCUGGCCGGAGAAGCCGGGGAGCGCCACCCUGCCCUUCUUCGGUGUACGACCUGUCGUUCUGGACGACAAGGGCAACGAGCUGGAGGGCGAAGCUGAGGGUGUGCUGGCCAUUGCACAGCCCUGGCCGUCGACCCUCCGUACAGUGUACGGCGACCACGCGCGCUACGAGUCCAAUUACUUCGGGCCUUUCCCGGGCUACUACUUCACGGGUGACGGUUGCCGUCGUGACGCUGACGGUUACUACUGGAUCACGGGCCGUGUGGAUGACGUCAUUAACGUCUCUGGCCAUCGUAUUGGUACGGCAGAGGUUGAGAGCGCGCUGGUGGCACAUCCCGCCUGUGCAGAGGCGGCCGUGGUUGGCUACGACCACCCCAUCAAGGGCCAGGGCAUUUACGCGUACGUGACCCUCAUGACGGGCGUGGAGCCCACACAAGCCCUACGCAAGGAGCUAGUUGGCGCGGUUCGCUCAACCAUUGGGGCUUUUGCGGCACCCGAUGUGAUUCAUUGGGCCCCCGGACUGCCUAAGACCCGCAGUGGUAAGAUCAUGCGGCGUGUCCUUCGGAAGAUAGCCUCCAAGGAGGAGGAUCAGCUCGGAGACGUGUCUACUCUGGCCGACCCAGGGGUCGUUCAGACGCUGGUGGAGCUGCGGGGCAAGUGAACGCGUGUGCGCAUGUAUGUAUGUAUGUAUGUAAUGUGUUUUACACGGUCCGGGGCGCCU